AUGGCCAUUCAGAGACAGAUUCCCAUGAUUAUUGUCCUCGUCCUCGGCUUCACCGUGCGAUCCUUUGGCCUUGCGACGCUUCUUUUCCUCUUCACCAUGGGUUUUGUGGCGAGCAUCGACGUUUUGACGGCCGACGUCAAGGGCCUGCAGAGUCUCCUGGGCCAGGGCCAUGUGACGAGCCGCAGCUUGGUCGAGUCCUACCUCGCCCAGAUUGACAGGCACGAUGGAUACUUGCACGCAAUGAUUCAGAUCACGCCGACGCACCUCUUGUCUGAGAGAGCCGGCCAAAUGGACCGGGAGCGACGGGCUGGUAGUAUUCGCGGCCCUCUCCACGGCAUCCCCAUCAUCAUCAAGGCAAGUGUCUUGGGCAAGUCUACGACUGCUCUCGGAGGCUCCAUGAUGCCCAGCGGAUGGUCCGCUGUCGGUGGUCAAACGCAGUCUGCGUACGUGCGUGGCGGACUUGACCCCGACGACUCAAAGGACGGUCACAGUAAUCCCUCGGGCUCAUCCACGGGAUCAGCCGUGGCCGUGUCCGCCGGCUACGCGCCCGUCUCGAUCGGUGCUGAGACCGACGGGUCGCUCAUCUGCCCUGCUGGAAGAGCGUCUCUGUACACCAUUAAGCCAGGCAUAGGCUUUGUUCCGCAAGACGGUAUCGUGCCCAUCUCGAGCCACUUUGACUCUGCUGGUCCCAUGGCCAAGACUGUCUAUGACUUGGUCGUGGUGCUAGAUGCCAUACGUAGCAAUCAAGGAUCCAAGUCGCUGGUGCAUAAUAUCACGGGCUCUUGGGAGGAUAUUUCGGUGGGCACACUCGACCCAGAGGUGUGGAAAUAUCCCGAUACAAUUAUGAAACCGGUAACCGAGGCCACAGAACAAAUACUUCGCGACAUCAACGGAGCAUACGACAUCAUCAAGGGAAAAGCCAAGAGAUUCGCGGCAAACGUUCCGCUGGCUACACCGGACAGCUUUGAACUAGAUGGGGAAAACAGCGAAACAGUCAUCAUACAGACUGACCUCAAGACCCAACUCAACUCGUUUCUACAAGACUUGAACGAGAGCAAAGUUCGCAGUCUCGAGGAUAUAAUCUAUUUUAACAAACAACAUGCCGACCAAGAGCUGCCCACCCACCACCCUAGACAGGACCUCUUCAUUGAAGCUCAAGAGAGGCACGUCUCCGUGCAAGAUUACAAUAGACAUCUAAAGCACCUCGAAAAUGCUGCAAGAGGGGACGGAGUAGACCACAUUCUACAACAAUACGAAGUUGAUGUCAUCAUUGGUCCAGCUGACAGUUUCUUGACCAGCAUGGCGACUGGCAGUGGAUAUCCCGUGGCAGGGAUGCCACUAUCGUACCUCGACUUUAACGGCAGGGCCUUUGGUCUCGCCGCAAUUGCAGGCCAGAACCAAGAGGCUUUGCUUGUCAAGGUGCUCAGUGCCUGGGAGGCAACGUUUCCACCCCGCAAACCUCCUCCCAUGCUCGUCAACUAA